GCCGAGCCCCGGGCCGGCGGCGGGCUCGGCCUCAGGGCCCAGGAGGAGCUGCUGCUGCUCUUCACCAUGGCCUCGCUGCACCCGGCCUUCUCCUUCCACCAGCGGGUCACCCUGAGGGAGCACCUGGAGCGACUCCGCACAGCGCUGCGCCGGGGCCCCGCGGAGGUGGAGGCGGGCCACUUUGGUGACCCCAGGGCCCAGAAUGAUUCUGCUCACGGUGAUCACAUGUGCAGUAAUGAGACCAAUUUAGUAGAACAAGCCCCAAUACCUCGUGACGGGCCUACCCUGGUGCCUCACAGAACCCAGCGAGAAGCUGUGCACAUUGAGAAGAUAAUGUUGAAAGGAGUCCAGAGAAAAAGGGCUGACAAAUACUGGGAAUACACCUUCAAAGUAAAUUGGUCUGAUCUUUCAGUAACAACAGUAACAAAAACCCACCAGGAACUCCAGGAAUUUCUACUGAAGCUUCCAAAGGAACUGUCUUCAGAGACUUUUGACAAGACCAUCUUAAGAGCGCUGAACCAGGGCUCCUUGAAAAAGGAGGAACGGCGGCACCCUGACCUUGAGCCCAUCCUAAGGCAGCUAUUUUCAACUUCAUCACAAGCUUUUCUACAGAGUCAGAAAGUACACAGUUUUUUUCAGUCCAUAUCAUCAGAUUCUUUACACAGUCUCAAUAACUUACAGUCCUCUCUGAAGACUUCCAAGAUACUAGAACACUUAAAAGAAGACAGCUCAGAAGCUUCAAGUCAGGAAGAAGAUGUCUUACAGCACACCAUAAUCCACAAGAAACAUACUGGGAAAAGUCCCCUGGUGAACACUGUUGGUACGAGUUGUUCUCCAUUAGAUGGGUUUACCGUGCAAUAUUCUGAACAGAAUGGAAUUGUGGAUUGGAGGAAGCAAAGCUAUACCACAGUACAGCACCCAGAGCACUGUGUGACCUUAACUGACCAGCAUUCAGCUGACAAAUGGAGCUUAUCUUCAGUAACAAAGAGGAAAGGAAAGCCACAAAUAGAAAAGGAGAAAAUUAAGAAAACUGACAGCAGAUUGAAUAGUAGAAUAAAUGGCCUUAGACUCUCCAGCCCUCAGCGUGGCCAUGACGGUUCUGCGAAAGAUGUGAAUUUGGACAUUGGGUCUGGACAUGAUACGUGUGGUGAAACAUCUUCAGAGAGUUACAGUUCCCCAUCUAGUCCACAACACGAUGGAAGAGAAAGCUUUGAGAGUGAAGAAGAAAAGGACAGAGAUACUGACAGCAAUUCUGAGGACUCUGGGAAUCCAUCAACAGCCAGGUUUAGUGGCUAUAGUUCUGUCAACCAGACUGUCACUGUCAAGCCGCCUGUUCACAUUGCUUCACUGGGAAAUGAGAAUGGAAGCCUCCUGGAAGAUCCCUUGAACUCGCCCAAGUAUCAGCAUAUUUCUUUCAUGCCAACUCUACACUGUGUCAUGCACAACGGUGCCCCGAAGCCUGAUGUCAUUGCUCCUCCGCCCAAGACUGUGGAUGGCAAAACCAUGGGGAUGCUAGUUCCCAGUCCCGUUGCUAUUUCUGCGAUUAGGGAGUCCACAAGUUCAAGCCCUGUCGGAAUACUCGGGCCAGCAGCUUCUACUGGAGAAGCAGAAAAGCAUCUCGAGUUACUGACUUCCCCUUUACCUGUCCCGUCAGCUUUCCUUCCACAUGGCAGUGCUCCUGCUUUGCACCUCACUAUCCAGAGGCUAAAAUUACCACCGCCACAGGGAUCUUCAGAGAGCUGCACCAUCAGUGUCCCACAGCAGCCAGCUGGGAGUUUGAACGUCGGGUCACCAAACACUGCCUUCAUUCCUGUCCAUAACCCAGGUAGUUUUCCAGGAUCGCCUGUUGCUACCACAGACCCCAUCACAAAACCUGCAUCCCAAGUGGUAGGACUCAGUCAAAUGGUGCCUCAGGUUGAGGGAAACACGGGGACAAUCCCUCAGCCUACCAAUGUGAAGGUAGUUCUCCCGGCAGCGGGCCUCUCAGCUGCACAGCCACCAGCUUCCUUCCCUUUGCCAGGCUCGCCCCUUGCUGCCAGUGUGUUACCCAACCAGAGUUCCAGUGUGCUGAACACGGCAGCAGCUUCCACUCAGCCGGCAGGGGCAGGCCUCAGCCAGGUCCAGCCAACUGUUCCUCCAGCGGUCCCUACCCACACCCCAGGCCCUGCCCCCAGCCCGAGCCCCGCUUUGACACACAGCACUGCUCAGAGCGACAGCACAUCUUACAUCAGUGCAGUGGGUAAUACGAACGCUAACGGGACAAUGUUGCCGCCCCAACAGCUGGGCUCCGGUCCCUGUGGUUCUUGCGGGCGAAGGUGUAGCUGUGGGACCAAUGGGAACCUUCAGCUCAGCAGUUACUAUUAUCCUAAUCCGAUGCCUGGACCAAUGUACCGAGUCCCAUCCUUCUUUACCCUGCCAUCCAUUUGCAACGGCAGCUACCUCAACCAAGCACAUCAGAGCAAUGGAAACCAACUUCCUUUCUUUCUGCCUCAGACACCAUAUGCAAACGGACUGAUGCAUGACCCCGUCAUGGGGAGCCAAGCCAACUAUGGCAUGCAGCAGAUGGCAGGAUUUGGGAGGUUCUACCCCGUGUACCCAGCACCUAGUGUAGUUGCCAACACCAACGGUUCAGGGCCCAAGAAGAAUGGGAACGUGUCCUGUUACAACUGUGGUGUAAGCGGACACUAUGCGCAGGACUGUAAGCAGUCAUCCAUGGAGGCCAGUCCACAAGGCACUUACAGACUGAGGUACGCACCUCCCCUCCCCCCUUCUAAUGAUACGUUGGAUUCUGCAGACUGAAACAAGUAAAGCUGGCCUACUUAAUACCCUGAAGCGUGGGCAAGUUAGGGUGGUCUGUGGACGGGAGGAAAGGAAAGGUAUUUGGUUGGUGUUUUUGUCUUCACGUUUCCUAGAUUUCUAUGCAGUUGGGAGUUUUCAUUCUCUUGUACCAGUGUCC